UUUCUCGCCGUGUUCUGAUUGGCUCCUGCGUUCCUCCUCUUUCAUCUGUCACGAUUUCGGAGCCGCCGCAGACCUAAGCUGUAACAUGAGCGCCGUCACGGUCAGCUCGGCCCCCCUGGUGUCAGUGCGGGUCAGCAGCAGCCUGAACUCCUUCACCGCCGACAAGAGGUUAAAUCGGGGCAUCACGCUCGCAGAGCUUAAGUGUAAGCUAGAACUGGUGGUUGGCUCUCCAGCAUCAUGUAUGGACUUGCAGUUGUUCAGUGCAGACAACACUUUCCUUCAGAACCUGGACCAGGAUGAUGCAUUACUAGGGUCUUACCCGGUUGAUGAUGGCUGCAGGAUCCACGUGAUAGAUAAGAGUGGCGCAAGGAUUGGGGAGUUCGAGGACCUCUCCAGGGUGGAAAAAUAUGAGCUAUCAAACGAAGCCUAUGAGAAAAGAACAGAUUCUGUGCGCUCAUUCCUGAAGAAGAACAAGAUGGGGAAGUUCAAUGAGGAAGAAACAGCCCAGAUGAAAGCAGAGAAUGACCGCAAGCUAGAGGAGGAGAGGGUAGCUGCAGAGGCCAUCACAACAGGGGCACGAUGCGAGGUUCGAGCGGUCGGCCUACCUACAAAGCGGGGAACUGUUAUGUAUGUGGGUCAAACCGAUUUUAAACCUGGAUAUUGGGUUGGAGUGAAGUAUGAUGAACCUCUUGGAAAACAUGACGGAAGUGUUGAGGGAAAACGCUACUUCACAUGCUCUCCAAAGUAUGGUGCAUUUGUCAAACCUCAGCAUGUAUCAGUUGGUGACUACCCAGAAGAAGACUAUGGCCUGGAUGAUGAGAUGUGAUGUGCCAUUAUUUUGUGACCUUGUCAGUGCCUCCCGUAUCUCAUAUGUCAUUAAUAUUCAACCUAGAUAUUCGUUUUCCUUUCUGCUUAUUAGUACUGUGACAAACGUAGACCUGGUUUGUGGGGGGAGUAGGUUUCUGCCCACCAUUUCCAGUACUGUGAAGGCCCCAGCUCAUUGUACCCUGGUCAUAUUAAGAUUCUUGUUCCAGAAUCAGUGAGGGGGGUCUUCUCUGUAGCCAGCUAUUGACCAGUAAUAUUAGCUGUAACUUGUGGGGCAAGGAAAGUAUGUCUGGCCAAUCAUUUGUAAAAUAAGAAUUUUGUGUACUAUUUACAAAUCUCUACUAGAAUGUAGCAAAACCAGUGACUUUUAUUAAUUCAAUCACAUCUACAUACACUCCAUGUAAUCUGGGAUUGGCAGGCUCAAGCAGUUCAUCUUCUGUAGACUGCAACUCCCAGAAACCCAAGCCAAACCUACUUGGAGUUACAGGCCACAGGCAGGUGGGAUUGCAGAUAUUGCAUUUAACUACACUUUAUAACUGAAUUUUCAUAGGGGACACGGGCCCAGGGUUUGGGGGUGGGGGAGGAGUGGUGAACACAACCUGUAAAUGAAAAGAUAAAAGUCCUUUAGCCCACCUCUCAUGAUGUUUAAAUGUCUCUCAGUGGAUCCUGCUGGCUGUCCUAAUUAAUUGUCAAGUGUAACUGGUUUGAUUUCUUUUAUUGUUGUACACCUCCCUGCUCUCUGUACCAUAGACCAGUCUCCAUUUUGAAAUUAGAUACACAUAUGUAAGCACUGCUGUUAAUGAUCAGUGAUUACCCAGAUAUGUAUACAGAUAACAUUCACUAGGGCCCAGACAUAGGCAACCUUCGGCACUCCAGAUGUUUUGGACUACACCUCCCAUGAUGCUUUGUCAGCAUUAUGGGUGUAAGAGCAUUAUGGGAGAUAUAGUCCACAACAUCUGGAGUGCCGAAGGUUGCCUAUCCCUGCACUAGGCACUAUACAAAACAAAUUCUAACUGGAACACAUGUAUUCUUCAGACAAGUUGUUAUCUGUUCUUUUCUGUAAUAUUCCUAAAUUCUAAAUUGUUUACUCAUUUGAGAACUAGUUUCAUAGCCUUUAAUUUGUUUGUAAAACACACACGUGCUCUCUAAACAACAAAUUUUGAUUUCACCUUUUUGACCAAAUGUACAAUAAUGUCUAUUGUGGUUUUGUUUUUAUUUAUUUCCUUUGAGUUGUGUUGUUAAGGGAGGUAGUUUACCAGGCUUGUUAAUAGAUUUCAGAUAGUUGUUAUCGCAGGCCUUGUUUGGGCAGGGUUGGCCAAAAGGUAGUCAAUUGACUGUUGUAGGUUGUUCCAAGAUCUUUUGCCACCCUUAAGCAAAAAAAAAACACAAUAAUGGAAACCAGUUCUACAACAGUUGUGGGACAACCUUUUUGACUAGCCCUGGCCUAAAUUAUAAUUUGCAAGUGUGUAUGCAUAGCUAAGCAGGAGUCUUUGCUAGGCCAUUUAGGACAUGGGUAAUCUUUGUCCUGUAAUUUGGCUGUGCACUGGUAAUCAAAGGAAGACAAACUAGUACAACAGCUGGCGUGAGCUAUAUCUGUCCAAACCCUCAAGGCACUGAUGGUUCCCAACAGAAUUUAAAACCUUUCCAUCCUUGCUGGUGACGUAUAGAUAUAGCCAUGAAAGGCUAGUAGUCUUGCAGUAUAUACUGGGCUGGAGAGCUAAAUGUCCAGACUGGUUUACUGGGUCAAUUUGGCAGAUCGACACAAUCUGGUGUCCCUUGUGUUUCAUGUACUGUGUGUACAACCUAAAGAGCUAAAUAAAUAUACACUGCAAGAGCUGAA